AGGGUAUUUUGGUGGCUUGUGUAGGGAUAAAACGUCGGCAUAGAGACCCUAUUGUGGGGCCCCUCUGCUCUUGCGCGCUAGCGAUCGCGACCCGCCGCACACUUUUGCGGUCGACGCGUUGCACCGUCUUCCCAAAUGCGCUGAGUUUUGGUCCCCACUAACACCGAUCCGUGGAUGCCGCUGCGUGAUCCGUAGGGGCAAUGGCAUCUGACGAGCCCAGCAGCAAUGCGCCGUACGAAGCGCGCGGCUGCACUGACCUGCCGUGGCUGUUCGCUCUGGCCGCAUUGCUGGGUGUCGCCGUGUUUGUAGCGUCGUUCGCACUGGCUCUGGGUGACCCCCUGCGCCUCGUGCACGGCUAUGACAGCUUCGGCAACGUGUGCGGAGCGCGCAACGUGCCCAUCGGCAGUCUCGCCUUGUCGGGCAUGGACGCGAGGGACAGGCCGUACCUCUUCUACAUGGACGUCGCCGACCUGCGCCACUCGCUCAAGAUAUGCGUCAGCCAGUGUCCGUCCCGAGCGCUCCGCACCUGGGACGAGGUGCUUCACUUUGGUGCCAAGACGGGCUCGUCCCUUUGCCGUUACGAUGUCCCCACUGUGUCGUCGAAUUCAACAGCGAUUGGCCUCGACCUCUUCAAUGAGGAGCAGAUAAGCACGGCACUUGGCCCCUGCCCAAGGCUUCCAGUGCCACCCACCAAGCCUGUUCACAACCGCUGUGUUCCAUACGAUGCCAGUUCAGACAUCCUUCGCAGCAUGUACGGAUACCUCAACAGUGCCGACACCCUUCAGCAGGUUGUCAGUGAUUUGUUUGCCGCAUGGCUCGAGGUAUGCUAUAUGCUCUCGUCUGCCUGUGUACUGUCCUUUGCUGUGGUCUUCUUGCUCCAUCGAUUUGCCGCAGUAGCAGCAAAGGCCAUCCUGAUUUUGUCAGUGGUCUCUGUGAUUGCUGUAGCAGGUACACUCUGGUGGACUUAUGUGGACAUCAAGGUCCAUCUUGACACAACACCGUUCGAUCACCUUCUCGAAAAAUCUGCUAAGAAUGAGCGUGCAUUCCUUGUUUUUGCUACUGCAGCGACCCUGUUCGCCACAGUUUUGCUGGCUCUUGCUGUGGCAUCGCACCAGCAGACUAGACUGGCUUUGUUUAACGAAGCUGGACACUGUAUUCGGCAGAUGCCCUUUCUUUUCGUACAGCCACUGUGGACUCUGGUUGCUCUGCUGGCUCUCUUUACAGCGUGGACCGUAGUCUUCCUUCACUUGGCCACUGCCAACCAUGCCAGCCGAGAGACUCUCCCCAUCGCAGCCGUUGCACCUGUUGCCAAGGCGCGACACUUAACCCUGGUGACUUACGAGAAGCCUUCUUGGGUCCGCUUUGCCUGGUGGUUCCAGCUGCUGUUUCUCCUCUGGUCGGCCGAGUUUGUGCUGGCCUGUCAGCAGACUGUCAUUGCCGGAGCCGUUGCGUCGUGGUACUUCAGCAAGGACUGCACCACGUUAGUGUGGCCUGUGGGCCGCUCUGCAGCUCGCCUGUUCGUUUACCACCUCGGAUCUGUUGCUCUGGGCUCACUUCUCACGCCACUGUGCAGGCUUCCAAGACUCGCAGUUGUGGCUUUGCGGCAAUGGACUAGUAGGAGUGGACGCUGCCAUAGAGGGCUGUGGUGCUUAAAGUGUGGGAGCCACAAUGCAUACACCAUUGUCACCAUUCGUGGCACAUCUUUCUGCACAGCUGGUCGCACGGCUGACUCUUUGCUUUCCCAGAGCUCCCACAUCAUCUCGGUCCUCAGUGGCUCGGUUGGCUUCCCGCUUUUCCUGGCCAAGUGCCUGGUUACGUCUGCGAUCGGUCUGCUGGCAGUGGUUCUGCUUUGUGGCCAGCCGCACCUUCAACUGUGCGCUGUGCCUGUGCUAGCUGUGACCGUGUUCUCGUACUUUGUGGCCCACUGUGUGCUCUCCCUCUAUGAAACGGUGGUGGACACGCUGGUGCUCUGCUUCGCCGAGGACGUGCUCUCCUGGGAGCCCAGCCACCGAGACCUGUAUGCCCCAGAGGGUCUGUGCAGGUUGCUGCUGGGAGACACUGCAUUGCUUCGUCCCCUCCCGGCAUAGCAGCGUAGCAGCUCUAAAGAAGAUUUUGGUACCGACAAACUGCAGACGCCGUUCUCUAUAGACGUUGUUCAUGGGAGGAAGGUUAAAAUUACCGGCAGCAGUAUUCCUCGUAGGCCUUUGAUCCCGGAAGACUCGAGUCAGGCUGCCCAGACUUGCCGCAACCUUUCACCACAGCUCCUGAUGGGCCUACAGCUCUUCCACUUCAAACUAGAAUGGAUGCGGUUCAUUUGAAUCAUAAAGGGAUUCCAAGACUAGCUAAGCCUGGCCUAGCGAGGCUGAAGAUGACGAAGACUGGAACCAAACGGCAAUGAAGAUGAGCAGCUCGUUCGGCAGACCAUGAAGGUAGGAGUUUGGAGAGCACGUCGAUGACAGAAUCGACGAACCGUCAACAGGGCAAGAGCACAGAGUCGACGUGGCAACGCGACAUGUACUGUAAGAAAGUUUUGUUACUAAAACGCCACAGACAUCAAACUCUGGAGUUUUCAGACACGUAGCCGCACCUGUCGACACAUUUUUAAGUAGUUCAAAGCCCGACUCUCCUGCACAGUUCGCUGCGCAACCAAGUUCAACAAGUGCGUGCGAAAUAACAAUUGAGCUAAAUAUAGGUACGUUUGCACGUUGAACUCUCAGAAAAAGAGCUACGAAUUUCUGUUGGCUAGUAGGGUUUGCCAUCAAACCGCCGUGACGUGCUUGCUGGUUCACUCGCCAGAAUGAUGGCGAAAACAAGAGCAUGCACAAUAGCUGCGCGAUCUAUGAAAAAAUACCCCAAUCCAUGCUGCUGUUGCAAUGCGAAUUGCCACGGGCGUAAAAGACUUUACCUUUACCGAUUUCCGUAGCUUUCGCAAAGCAGAACUGCAAGAGCACUAUGUGAGCUGUUGCGAACGUGUUGGGUAAGCAAAUUUUUCGCGUUCUCCACAGCCUGUCAUAUGAAAAAGUGUGAUAAUGCAGGUAUCUUGUUAUUGUUUUGAGUAGCCUUGAUGGAGAACCGCGCUAACUUUGACUAUGAAACUCAUCAGAGCCUCUGACCACAGUGCACACCGUGCAACAGUAGACUUGUGACAAGCACGAUAAACACCGCACACACCGCGACUCCCGAUAAUUUGAAGUGGUCGCCACCACACAGCGUCGUGCACGUAGGCUUUGAAGGCUCCAAGUUCUGGCAUAGUUCUGGUUUCAAUUCAAUUUCAAUUCAAUUUAUUUUCCAGUUUAUACAUGCUGGAUGGUUGCGUUGGGUUAAAAGCUACAUAAGUAGCUUGACGAGACCCAACGACCAGACUCAACUAUCAAAUGCGAAUACACUGGUCACACAGAUAAAUUGUAAAAUGUUGGUCGGAGGCUUUGGUUUCACCUUUUGUUGUACACUGAGAAAGUGGACACUUAUGUAUCCCAUUCGCAGUGUAUACAAACGGAAUACAACUGUCAGCAGAAAAUUCUACGAUGCGUAUUAAAACAGUUUAAUUCGCUGGAAGCGGUA